AUGUCCGCCAAACGGCAGUCCAAAGGCAAGGCGAACGGCGUGUCACGCAAAAAGUCCAAGAUCGUCGAAGACGACCCACCCACGUUGAGUGAAGAAGAAGACGAUGACGACCGGAGGUCCGACGACGACGACGUGGACGAACUGGCCGAAGACAACGCUUCUCUGAGAGUGAAAGGCCCGGAUCACAUAGGUGUUGUGCUUUUAACUGGUGGAACUAAUUGGGAUUUAAAUGGCCGCAAGUCAAUGCCAAAAGGAUGUAAGUCUGUUGGGCGAAACUUGUAUGAACCACACUUAUUUGGGCCACUGAAAGAUAACCGUAUUCGUUUGGUAGUGAGUAGCUGCAAUUCUUCACACACUAUCUUUAUAACUGAAGAAGGCAAAGCUUUGUCUUUAGGACGAAAUGAGAAGGGUCAACUGGGAGUCAAAGAUUUACUCAGACGCGACAUUCCAACUCCAAUUGAAGGCUUGCCUGACCAUGCUAUUGUCAAUGCUGCUACUGGCCGUGGACAUACAUUACUUCUCACUGAUCGUGGUGCGGUUUACAGUUGCGGUGAUAAUAAGAAUAGUCAAUGUGGCGUGAAGAGCAAAGAACCCUUUGUUACAACAGCAAUGAGGGUUAAAUAUAAUGGACCACCAAUUGUAAAAGUUGGUUGUGGUGCUGAGUUCAGCAUUUUACUUGACUGCAAAGGCACUUUAUAUUCUUUUGGUUUGCCUGAGUAUGGGCAAUUGGGACAUAACACUAACGGAGAGUAUAUUGAGAGAGCUGGUGCUAUUAACUUCGCUACAGUCAAACUACCCAAGCCUAUAAUUACUUUUGUCGAAAAAACAAAGAACAAAGUAGAAAUUUUGCCUAAACCUGAAAUCAGAGAUUUUGCAUGUGGAACAAAUCAUACAGUAGCUAUUGAUGAUCAUAAAAAAGCAUAUUCUUGGGGAUUUGGAGGUUAUGGACGGCUUGGACAUUCUGAACCGAAAGAUGAAUUACAACCGAGACUUAUCAAAUACUUUGAUGUUCAAAGAAGUGGUGUGAAGCAUAUUGCCUGUGGACCUGCAUUCAGUAUUGCAAUUAAUGAAUUUGGCGCUGUUUAUUUAUUUGGACAAAUGAGUAGUCGAGGAGAAGCUAAUAUGUAUCCAAAACCUGUACAAGAUCUCCAUGGUUGGAAUUUACGCAGUAUUGGUACAUGCUCUAUUGGGUUAGUUGCAGCAGCUGAUGAUUCUUGCAUUGUUUGGGGUUCUGGAACUAGCUCUGGCGAAUUGGGUCUUGGAGAAUUGAAAAAAUCCAGUGCUAAACCAUGUGAAAUGAAGAAACUUGAUGGAUUAUAUGUGGAACAGGUGGCUUGUGGAUCUGCACACACCUUUUUACUUGCUCGAGAUUUGUCAGAAGAUGACAAAGAUAUUAUUGCUUCCAUGCCGGAGUAUAAACCUGUUGUAGCUUAA